UCAAAAACUCAUCAUCAGUGAAGUGUGAAAGCUGUAGGAACGGCACACAAAAGCCUAGUGCGGUGGUGUGUUUGAAAUAGUUGCGUAGAGGAAAAGCAAAAAUGUCGUCUCCGACAGCAGCAAACAUCCUGAUUCAAUUUUCCUCCAACAAGUCCGUCGCCAAGCAGCUGAAGGUUAAAGUAAGCGAGUUUCUAGCGUCGCCAAAGAAUGCCAACCAUCUGGUGGAGAUUAUCGACUAUUUGAAGGAUUCGACGGCACGAAAUGCACCCAUCACGCCUAUGCUCCUCUCUUUAGAAACCAUUUUCACUGAACUGCUACGACGAAAUGAGAUGCGUAUUGAAGUUCAACCAUUAAAGCCUGUCGAGGAAUCUCCUGAGGUGUGUCACAAACAAUGGUUGCAAAGUCAAUACAAGGAAUCCUUUAGUGCUAUUUUGGAAGCUUUUAACCACGAAAAGUCUGCUGAAAGCGUAACCGCUCUUGUCACUGCUAUGAGGUUGAUUACAAUUGAAACUGAAAAUCCGAUUGAUAACGGUUCGGGAGAGGCGCAUUUGCCACUGACCAAGUUGAAACAUGUUAUGCUGGCCAUAUUGUCUUCGGAGCGAGCUAAUACGCAUCUUGUCAACCGUUUUAUGGAGUAUGCUUCAUAUUUGGACAUAAUCUAUUUCUGUUGGAAAAUUAUCCCAUCAUUAGCGCCAAAGGAGUUCAGCCCAAACACAGUGUUCGUACAAAAUUUCCUCAGCUUGAUUGGAGCUGUUAGUUUUGGAAAAGACCUUAUCGAAGACUCGACAAGCGGCUACCUCUGCAUUCAGAUGCAACACCUAGAUUAUCCCUACGUGCGCAAACAAAUCAACAAGACAUGGUCCUGUGUGAUGAACUGGAAGCACGACGAAGUUACCCACCGACAGCUGCUGAUCUUGCUGCUGGAGAAAAUACUGCCACAUCUAGACAAACCAAUGCUGCUUACCGAUUUCCUUAUGGACUCUUUGGAUGUGGGAGGUGCAAUCAGCAUGCUCGCUCUGCAGGGUAUUUUCGUUAUGAUUCAGCAGCACAACCUCACCUAUCCCAACAUCUACGAGAAGCUGUACUCGAUGUUUGAACCGGAAAUUUUCCACACCAAGUUCAAGGCUCGUCUUUUCUAUCUGGCUGAUAUCUUCCUUAGCUCUAGUCACCUGCCAGAGGGUCUGGUGGCGGCAUUUGCUAAACGACUCGCACGGCUGGCUCUUAUCGCACCCCCGCAGGAUAUCGUCAUCAUACUGAGGUUUAUCGGAAACUUGAUUAUGCGACAUCCGGCGCUUAAGCGAUUGAUUUUUCAUCCCAGUGGUGGCGAAGUGUCCCAAGAUCCAUUCAUCAUGGACGAGUGCGAUCCGGUGAAGUCAAACGCUCUGGAAAGCUGUCUGUGGGAAAUCGCCACACUACAGUCGCACGUACUGCCAUCGGUCGCUACGGCAGCCAAGUUCAUCUCCAAUCCACUUCCAAGCGUCGAGUGGGAUUUGGCCUCCGUGCUGGAGAUCAACGAGAGUGACAUUUUUGACAAGGAGAUUGCUAAAAAAUCCAAAGAAUUUGCCUUACUCAUAGAUCGACCAACAUCCAUGUUUCUGAGCUGCGGUGGCGAAAGAACCUCUCAGUAUUGGAAGUUAUUUUAAACAAAUCGUUAGACGUGGUUUUGGAUGAUAUUUUGAGACCAUUUAUUCACAUAGAACCUAGGUUGUUUCCCUGGAGUAGUAGGGAUAGUAGGAAACACUAACACAAUUGGGAACUCGUUCGCCAUUAUUCAAGGACAAACCUGAAAGCAUUUUUUUUUCUUUUUUGAAUUUGACUCUCAUCACAAUCAUUAUUUGCAAUUGAAUUUAGCGAGCUUUUUUUUUGGUCAGUAGAGUACAUUAAUGAUUCAGCUAGCAAGUGUGCGUACUGUGAACGCAUGUGAGUGUUUAACACGAAAUGAAAAAAAAACAAUACUAUUAAACCUACAAUUGUCUACAAAUAAGAAAUCCAUAAAACACAUAGAAGCAGCCAACUACAAAAAUUCACACACAUUAAUAGUUAAAACGGUGUAAACAAUUCAAUAUUUCAUAUAUCGUACAGUAUAAUAUGGGAGACCGAAACAGAAAAUCUCGUAAAAACCUGCAAACAGCCGCAUCAACUAAACGUUCCUAUAGCGCGUGAAAGUGGGCAAACUAUUGCAUUCGUUUAAUUUUUUACAUACAGUGUAACCAAAACUGCGAGCACCAGCAUAUAUUGUUUUAGUUCACUACAAACUACCAAUAAUAACACUACUAGUAAACGAUAACCAUACUAAUAUUAGGUUCAUGUUAGCUGUUUUAUUGAAUGUUAUUUAUUGUUUAAUCGCAAUUACGUUCAUCCGACAGCGGAAACAGGAGCGAACUCAAUUGCGAUAGUUUAUAGCCUCAUGUAACCGGAAAGCCUAGGAAUAGCAUCGCCAUGAUCAUGUAGCCUGUCGAAAUUCGCAAUUGAGUCAGUUCUUCGACUUAACUCGGAACAAAAUAACCAGAUAUGAUGAAAUACAAGUACGAGUAUCUUUGCACGAAAUCACGAUAGAAUCUACACUUUAAGAGGAACGAAUCAUUGUAUUUGCGAUUAGAUUAGUGGAAGCAGACCGGUUAAGCAUAGCCAUAGCAAGGAAGUAUAACUAUUGCACACCAGAAAGCAACGGUUAUUACACAGCAAAUGUGAUUCAAAUAUAUUUUUUAACGUAAGGGAAAGUGAAACUGACACCCCAGUCGCUUGGAGCGAAAGAAGAGCUUUGUUUAGGUUAGGAGUUUUAGGUUAGUAGGAACUUUUCAAUUGAGAACGCAAUGGUUUCGUUCGAAAAGGCGCCAUGAAGAAAAAAAAUAGGCAAGAAAGCUAUGUGCGGAGUUAGGAGUGAAAAUACACAAACGCAUCAUUCACCCAAA